GCCGCUCGCGGCCCCGCCCACCGGCAGCGGAAGUUCCAGAGCGGUUGGCUGAGCGCGAGCCGGACUGAGUUCCUCUCAGUCUGAAGAGAAGAAGAAGCCGGGAAGGAAGGAAGGCAGGAAGGCAGGCAGGGACGGACCGAAAGGAGGAGGAGGCGUGAGCGGUUGAAUCUUUCAUUGGUGUAUGUGCGGUAACAACAUGUCUGUCCCCCUCCUUGCUGAUGCCGUGACCAUUUCAGGGGCAGAGCGGGAGACUGCAGCGGUCAUUUUUUUACAUGGGCUUGGAGACACAGGGCACAGUUGGGCUGAAGCCCUGUCCUCCAUCCGGCUCCCUUAUGUGAAGUACAUCUGCCCUCAUGCGCCCAGGAUCCCAGUCACCCUCAACAUGAAGAUGGUCAUGCCAUCCUGGUUUGAUUUAAUGGGCCUCAGUCCAGAUGCACCCGAAGAUGAAACUGGGAUUAAAAAAGCUGCUGACAACAUUAAAGCAGUCAUCGAGCACGAGAUAAAGAACGGCAUCCCAGCCAACCGCAUCAUCUUGGGGGGCUUUUCACAGGGUGGUGCACUGUCCCUCUACACGGCGCUCACUUGCCAACAUCAACUGGCCGGCAUCGUGGGCCUCAGCUGCUGGCUCCCCCUGCACAAGACCUUCCCUCAGGCGGCAAGUAACAGCAUGAACAAAGACACUCCCAUCCUGCAGUGCCAUGGGGAGAUGGACCCCAUGAUCCCAGUACGCUUUGGAGCCCUGACCGCUGAGAAGCUGAAGUGUAUGGUGACCCCUAGCAAGAUCCAGUUUAGAACCUACCCAGGAGUGAUGCACAGCUCCUGCCCUCAGGAAAUGUUGGCUGUGAAAGAAUUCAUGGAGAAAGUCCUGCCCAGGAUUUGAAUGGAACUCCUCAAGACUGUUGCAGGGAGAGGAGAUGGGGGCAGCCACCAACGACCUUUCACCCUUCACCUGGCGACAGCAACAACAACAACAAUGGAAAGCCAUGGCAGCUCCCUCCACUCAGCCAGUUUCCCUCCUCUGGCCUUCCCCCUUCCUCUGUGCCCUUCCUGUGCCAAGCGAAGGGGCAACACCUCCCUUCUCUGCACAGGACGGUGGUACAGAGCGGCUUUAAGGUACAGCUGAGACCCCAAACAUGGCUGCCUCCGUUCAAAUGAGUCUUUAUGGUCAUCUUGAUUUCUUUUUUUUCUGCUCUCUCCAUUUUUCCCCUUUCUUCCCUUUUCCACUUCAGAAAAAAAUGGUUGCUGUGAAAUUAAUGGGUGAUAGCCAAAGGCUUCAAAACACAGGUGUUAGGAGACUGUUACAGUAUUGGCAGGGAGAAUCUCAGCAGUAGCCGAACUCCCUGAUGAGCUUGCCAUUUGACCCACCCAAAA